UUUUAAAUUUUAAUGUUGCGUUGCGAUUAAAAGCUCAUAGAAGAAGUUAAAAAGUUUUUCAACAUUAUAGAUUAUUUAGAAUAAAAAUCGAAAAUGGCUGGAGAGAUUCUGAAAGGUCAUGCGAUGGCAGGGCUUGUCCUUGGAGCAAUCGAACUUGUUCUGGCACUUAUUGUGAUCAUAUGUUCUUUUGUAAUGGCGGGAAAAGCCGAAAUGAGCACUAGCCUGACUCCGUAUUGGGCUGGAAUACCUUUUAUCAUUCCCGGAAUUUUGGGUCUUGUAACGGGAUUCACAAAAAACAAAUGCGCGAUGAUUGCAUUCAUGGUUCUCAAUAUUCUAUGCUUCAUUCUGCAAGGUUUGGGAACCAUUCUAGUUGCGAUUGUGGUAGCUAUAUGGGCUGCGUAUGCGAGUGCUGUUGACGAUUGCACAAAAAUUGGAGAAGCCUGCUAUUGCAGAGUUGAUGGUGAAACUAAAGUUAUAAACGGUAUGUCAAACUGCGAUGACUUAAAAGCUAUUUCUACCUUACUGUACGUCAUUGUCAUCUUUUUGGUGAUUGGUGCUAUCGUGACAUUAGCUGCUUCCAUACUUGGUUGUGUGGCUACCUGCUGUACAUCAAAUGCCACUACCACAGUGAUUGUACAACAGCCUGGAAUGGUAAUGCAAGUUCCCCCUCAACAACAACAGCAGCAAACCUAUCCAAUGAAGCAGUGAGAAUUUCCGAAGAUCCUGGCUAUAGGGGAAAAUUUUUUUCAAAAUUUGUUUGAGUAUCUAACGAAAAGGGAAAACAUUGUGGAAAAAAAAGUAUUUUUGGUCAGCAUUCAAUCUUUUUUUCUUGUGAGACUCUUCUGAGGAUUAUGCCCUUGAGUUUAUUAAUAGUUCGUGGUUCCACUUUAUGAUGUGGCUAAUACUUUUGGUUUGUUGAAAUGUAUUAUUCUAGUAAAGUAGAAGACUUACAUUCUCUUGUAUUAUUUGUUAAUUGAUAAUUUAAUGUGUAUAUAACAGCGAAAAUUUAUUGCACAAAUGGUUAAGCUGUUCAUUUUAUCACUUUCUUUGUCAUAAAA